UUUAAGGAAAGACGGAGUUCAGUAGUGGUCCACUAUUUUAAGGCCUUAAACCCAUUGCUCCGCCCGCCCCUUCACAUCCUCUCUCAGACACUCUACUCUAUCAACAAAAACCCCUUCCAGAACACUCGCCACUCGCUCCGGCGCGGACGCCCCUGUAGGGUCUUUCCAGAAUUUCCACCUUCCAUUCCAUGGAGGCUGUGGCGGCUUCAGAUGUCAUUGAGGGACCAGUCCUCAGCCUCAUCACCAAGCGCAUCCGUGCCCUUCGGAAGAAGCUGAACCGUAUCUCGCAAAUGGAGGAUUCUGUCUCCAAGGGCAAGACGCUGAAUAAGGAACAGGAGGAAACCCUACGCACGAAGCCUUCCGUCCUUGCAGGCAUCGAGGAGCUAGAGAAGCUUCUUCAACCGCUUGCCGCCGCCGUCGGGGAAGAAGUCAGCCUUGCUGUGCAGCGGCACAAAGUCUCAGCACUGGAGACCCCUGUUGAAGCCACCUCAAAUGCUGAUAAUAAAGAUGAACCUGAAAAUGUUGUGGAAAGAGAUAAUAAGGUCGAUAGCCAGAGAGUGAUGAUUGAGGAUCUGCUUAGCCUGUUAUACUUCGGGAGCAUGUUUGAUGUGAGUUCCUUGCAGAACCAAACACAGGUGAUGUACUCUAAGGCACUCGAGAGAGGCAGCUGCUUGUCCUACGAUUUCAUGAAGGAUGAUGAUUCUGCAGAUAUGCUCGAGGAAAGAGACCUGGAUUUGAUUUCCGUGCUCAGUGGACUUCUCAUUUCCCGACCUGUUACCUCUUCAUUGCCACACAAGCACGCCCUUGAAAAAUGUAUUGAGCAUGCCAAGCUCUGGCUUGAAAAUUCUGAUCAGCCCAUUGAACCCAAUUCCAAUGUUACUUAUUCUGGAUUGAGAUUGAAGCUGAACAAGAUUAUCUCCUCGCAGUAUUUAACUGCAGCACCAGUUAUGAAUUAUGCGGCUUACCAGGUCCCUGUGCAAGAAUCUAUUCCACCUGUAGAUGCUCAAGCCCAGGCUGAAGAUACUGGAAUCCAGUACCAGCAGAAGGAAGAACCUAAAGCUUCUAGUAAUGAAAAUGAAACAGAAAAUGCCAACACUGUUGAAGAACAUCAUCAGGAGGCAGAAGAGUUAUCAGGGUCGUUUGCUGAAACUGUUGCGGUUCAUCCAGAGGAAGGAUUGGAGGAUCCCAAAGAUACAAAAGAGGAAUUUGUUCCUAGAGGAUCCUAUAACAACAAUAAUUAUCACAGGGGUGGAAGCCGUGGUGGUGGACGAAGGGGAAGUUUCAAUGGCCGUGGUGGUGGGCGUGGCAGGGGAGGCCCCUCCUACCAGAACGGUGGCCACAAUCAAUACUACGAUGAGCAACCUGGUAACUAUCGGCCAAGGAAUUCUAACUAUAGGGGAAGGGGCAGUAGAGGAGGUAGAGGUGGCGGUGGUGUUUAUUACAACAACAAUAACCACGCUGCUUAUGGAAGUGAAGGCGGUGGCUAUUACAGCGCUGAUUCUUAACCAUAGUGCUUUGCUAUUUAUAAGGCAACUUUUGUACUGAUCCUCUUUCAACUGGUGGUGAAAAUUUGCUUUGUCCUAUUGAACAUGUUUACGUGGUUUAUUUUCACAGAUCCUUCACCCAAGAAUUGUUUUGUUUGUGUGUAGUUGAAUGAACAAUGAGCCAUCUGAAAACAUCGGAAGCAAUGCAGAUUUUGUCCUAGCAUCUCAUUUGUUUAGUCUAAAAUUUAAUUUGAGUUAUGAAGCUGUUUUAGUGUUUUAUCGGU